UCCCCGCGCCCAGGCCGGCCGCGUCGGUCCCUCCCCGCGCCCCCGCCCGGCCGGACGCCUCCGGUCGCUUCCGUCUUCUCUCGGCACGGUCGCUGUCCUCGCCAGGCCCGCGUGGGAGGACGAUGGGUCAGCGCGGAAAAAGUGAAUGAGGACGGCGACGCCGCCAGCCAGCGCCUCACUCGGCCGGCAGAGCCCCGCGCGUAGCCAGCCGGCUCCAUGGACGCGCCGCGCGCACUGGCGGCCAAGCCCCCCAGCGGAAAGAAGAUGAAGGCCCGUGCUCCACCACCUCCUGGAAAGCCUACUUCCCAGAAUGUCCACAGUGACCAGAAACUGCCUCAUGAUUCUACACUGGGUUCCCAGCACAGCCUGGUCCAAAUGAAGGAGGCACUACAGAACAGCACCUUGGACAUCACUGUGGUUCUGCCCAGUGGAGUGGAGAAACAGAGCGUGGUCAGUGGAAGCCAUGCAAUGAUGGACCUACUGGUUGAUCUUUGCCUUCAGAACCACCUGAAUCCUUCUCAUCAUGUCCUGGAGAUCUGGUCUUCUGAGACCCAACAACCCUUGAGUUUUAAGCCAAAUACUUUGAUUGGGUCCUUGAAUGUACACACUGUACUUCUGAAAGAAAAAGUCCCUGAAGACAAAAUUAAGUCUGGCCAACCCAAGGUACCUGAGAAAUCCGUGCGUCUGGUAGUGAAUUACCUGAGGACACAGAAGGCUGUCGUGCGUGUGAGCCCUGAGGUGCCACUGCAGAAUAUUCUGCCAGUCAUCUGUGCAAAGUGUGAUGUCAACCCAGACCACGUGGUUCUGCUCAGGGACAACAUCGCUGGGGAGGAGCUAGAGCUGUCCAAGUCCCUGAAUGAAUUAGGGAUAAAGGAACUGUACGCGUGGGACAAUAGGAGAGAAAUGUUCAGGAAAUCAUCACUUGGCAAUGAUGAGACAGAUAAAGAGAAGAAAAAGUUUCUGGGAUUUUUCAAAGUCAAUAAAAGGAGCGGCAGUAAGGCUGAGCAUCUCGGGCUGUCUGGUGCAGAUAGUGAUGAGGACCCCUUGAAGUCAGCGUCUGGAGGUGACUUGAACGGCUGCGUAACAACACCCAACUCACCAUCUAUGCAUUCUCGGUCCCUAACACUGGGUCCCUCCCUCUCACUGAGCAACAUCUCUGGAGUGUCUAUGAAGUCAGAGAUGAAGAAGCGCCGAGCCCCUCCUCCUCCGAGUCCAGGACUCCUGGGUCAAGACAAAGCAUCAGAAAAGACCUCACUCAGCUCACAGGCUGAUCUACAGAAGAAGAAGAGGCGGGCACCAGCUCCUCCUUCACCGCAGCCACCACCACCAAGUCCCGUGGUUCCCAAUCGCAUGGAGGAUAAAGAAGAGAACAGAAAGAGCACAAUGGGUGUUGGACGUCAGGUGCCACAAAAGCCUCCCAGAGGCACAGCCCGGGGCCCACCCCAGUUAGUGCUCCCCCCGCCCCCACCCUACCCUCCUCCUGACACAGAUGUGACAGAGCCUGUCACCUUUCCUGGGGAAGGCGCUGGUUCCGAGACCUCAGAGCUGAGACCCAAACUGAGCCUGCCCCUGGGGCCUGGCAGCCACUGCGGCAUGGGUGGAGUCUCACAGGUGCCACCAGAGGCUGAGGAGACAGCGUCUGUGGGCAGCUGUUUUGCAUCAGAGGAUACAACCGAGGACUCAGGGGUGAUGAGCUCUCCCUCAGAUGUCAUCUCUCUGGACUCGCAACAAGACAGCGUGAGAUCUAAGGACAAAUGGUCUACCGACCAGGAGGACUGCAGCGACCAGGACCUAGCUGGAACUCCAGAACUUGGUCCCCAAAAGAGCCCAUCGUGGGGGAAAAAUGGCUCUGGGAACUCCAUUCUAAGAAACGAGAAAGUCACCGUGCCUCCAAAUGAUGAUGAAGACCUAUUCAUUACCAGACACUUCCAUCAAACCCUGGCAGAGCUUGACAAAGACCUGGAAGGAAUGGAAGACAAUUAUGAAACAGAUACAAGCUCCCUGACCAGCUCUACAAAUGGUGUGUCUAACCACAGCCUGCAAGAAGCCGCAAUCCCCGAUAAUGGCAGGGAUGACAUCCCCGUUACAUUUAUUGGGGAAGUUCCUGACGAGCCUGUUGACUCGGCACUGUUCUCCAGCAGAAGCAACAAUGCUGCUGCCUUUAACAUAGGUGACAUGGCCAACCAAAGAUCUCGCCUGUCCCCCUUUCAGACGGAGCACAACCAGCCAUGUGUAAAGACAAACACAAAAGAGCCUGACCCCUCCCCUCCUUCCCAAGAGAUCAGAAAGAGAAAUCAGUCUUCGACCUUCGCCAACACAUCUAAAGACGAGCAUCCAGUUGAAAAAGACCCCAGAGUUACUUCAUAUGUUUCAAAGCUUUGUAUAAAUGGUCUAAAAGGGAAUGAUAAAGGCAAGGUGAAUGGUUCUACUCAGAGUGAGAAGACACAGGCAGGUCACAGGGUAAAUUCACUACCAGUCAAUCAAAAAGACAGGGAUGAUGAAAGCCCCACAUCAGCGCUACCACCAUGGUCUCAUCAUGGUCAGGCCUCAGGGGGAAGCUACGGACUCAGGCAUGGCCUGACUACAUACAAAAUUGUUCCUCCCAAAUCAGAGAUGAGGUGUUAUGACAGGGAUGUGUCCCUCUCCACUGGUGCCAUUAAGAUCGACGAACUAGGGAAUCUGGUGAGUCCUCACAUGAAUGGGAGCAGGACUGUAUCCCACUCCUCCGCGGUCGUCGAAACAGAUGCACAGCCUAUUGGAAAAGUCAAAGAGUUCUGGAGGCGCAACUCGGUGGAAAAAUACCUGAAUGGGCCUGCGGAGUGUACAGCCAAAAGGCCCCCCUCCAUCACCACCACUGCCGCACUAGCGAAACCACAGCAGGAUAACGUACUGAAGGCAGCCUUCGCGCUGCCCAGUACCCAGCAGCAGCCUGCCCCAGAGGAACAUGGGGCACACCUGGAGGAAGAGAGCAGCCAGCCACGCCCAGCAGGCUCUUGUCAUGUGAAAGUGCCAGCAGCUCACCCGGCAGAAGUUACAUUCCUCAAGCCUCAGAGAAGAACAUCCAGCCAGUACGUGGCCUCUGCUAUUGCCAAGAAGAUGGGGCCUCCAAAAGUCCAUGCUGAUGUGGUGAGACCACAUAAGAAGGCUGCUGAAAAGGGUCACGAAGAACCAAAGCCGGUUCGACCACCUCCCACGGGGAAAGACAGUGAUGUUCCCAACCUGUGCUCAGAGGCACAACAGCUUGAGCAUGGUUCGGACCAGGGCUCCGUCCGCCUUUCCAGCAACUCUGGUGUGCAGAUGCCAGAAGGAUACCAUCCCAGGUUAGAGGUCAGCGGCUCAUAUGGAAAGUCAUCAACUCAAGACUGUCCGGCUGCUGUCCACAGAAACUCCAAUUUCCUCCCAGUCAGAUCUUCCCAGAGGGAUCGUGUUACUGUGGGACCAAGCUGUGGUUUCAAUGGAAAGCAAACUACAAGUAACCAAAAGAUGAGCUUACCAUCUAACCCCACACAGGCACCGGAAAGGACGCACCCGCCCCCUCUGCUCUUGGCAGAGGCCCGUAACUCUGGGAGGAUACUGAUGAAUGGUUCUGCACGGGCCUCAGGAAAUUGUGAGCCUCCUCAUGGUCCAAAAGAGUCUAGCCCUACCAGCUACAUCAUCUUGCAGACAGAGGAAAAGCCUAGUCCAUUAACUACAGAUGUUCAAGACACAGAGGAUGCUCCAUCAUCCAGCAUUUUUGGGCCAAAGAAAAAAUUCAAGCCUGUGGUUCAAAGGCCAGUUCCAAAAGACACAUCUCUUCAUAGUGCCCUAAUGGAAGCUAUCCACUCAUCUGGAGGGAGGGACAAGCUCCGCAAGACUGCAGAACACACCUCAGAAGGAAGGCCAAAGAAACCGUCCUACAUGGAGACAGAGAGCGAGCGAUCUGCCCUUCUGGCAGCCAUCCGGGGCCACAGUGGGACUCUCAGCCUGAGAAAGGUGUCAUCCCUUGCCUCUGAGGAGCUCCAGAGCUUCCGAGAUGCUGCACUCUUGGCCCCAGGUCUAGACAAAGCUCAACAAGAAGACCAUGGUCCUCCACCUCCACCCGUCCUGCCCCCACCACCCAUUCCAGCCUCCCAGACUCCCUCAGCCUCCGUAACGGUUUCGAGGUUCAGCACCGGCAACACAGCGGAUGCCAGGCAAGCCUUGAUGGACGCCAUCCGCUCGGGCACAGGAGCUGCAAGACUGAGAAAGGUCCCCUUGCUCGUGUGAGGUUCUUCCGCUGCAGAAACCACCUGUACAGCUCUCAGGAUCAUCACUAAAGGAAUCCACGCGACAGGAAACAAAACCAUCAAGAAGUGAUACUUCCCUGUCUCCAGGCCAAUGCCCACAGUGGAUUUUUUUUCGGUGUUCCUGCGUAAUAGUCAAAGGGGAGAUGGUGCUUUGCUGUGGGGCUUGUGUGCCAAGGACAUGCGAUCUGCCUCUGAAUGCUCACAGUUGCCAAUAAACUGCUCUUGUUGGCAGAGUAAUGGGAACACACAGGAUGAAACUCAACACUCAUACUUGAGUAUAGCUAUGGGCACAAGGAAUCAUGCCUUACACUGAUUUUUGCAUCUUUGAGACUUUGACCACAUACACGUGGUUAAAAUCACUUAUUUAAGAUCUUUUCAAUUCUAGGUGGAUAAAAAGCAUAAAUCAACAGAAACAGUUAGAUUCUAUCACAGGCUACAUGACACUCAGUUUCUGGAGUAUGAAGAGUGAUGGAGGAAGGCUGCUACAGGAUGACUUUUGCAGGACAGUAAAGCAUAAGAUUUCUAUUCCUCACAUGGUGAAUCCUCCCACCACAAAUGAUCUUGGACCAUGAUCUGACCAACUAAGCUUUUAACAAUCAACUAGUGCUGCCCAGAACAGGAGCCCUCCUUGACUUUGUGAGCAGGACAUUCCUGGCUCCUUACAAGAUGAUGGGAAGCAAAGAUCAAAACACUGAAAGGAUUGUCCCUUUUCUUAAGGCUUGUGUCCCCCUUGUAUAGCUGUCCCCAGUGCCCCAGCAGGCUAUGAAGUGCAGCGGGCCACUCUGAAGGAGCCUUGCAUGGAGCCUGAGACUUCACCAAUAGCCUUCAGAGAUCCUGCAGAGGGCCAAGCAGCAAGGUGUUGGGUGCUUACAUGUCACCAAGGGCAUUUCAGACUGUGCUGCAUAUGCUGUGACUUACAUUUUAUCCUGACACACUUCAGCAUGGUCCAGCAGCUGCUCUGGUAUUACAUGACAGUCUUAGCACAUGGUGUGUAGACACCAUCUUUAAAGAAUUUAUGCUCAGCAGGAAGUUUUGUGGUUUUCUUUCUUUUUUUUUCAUGUGUCUCUAAAACCUUUUCUUAUAUAAAGAAAACCAUGACAGCAAUAGAAGUCAAAAGCAGUUCAUGAUACAAAAUUUCUUCCUUAGUGAAAAAAAAAUAUAUACAUGAAAUCAUUUUGUUGGUUCACCCUGUUUCAAAUCUAGGCGCCGGGCAGAAUGGGGACUUGGUACUGUAUGAUUACCAUUGCUAAACUUUCUCAGUGAGGCGAGAGCUGCCAGCCAAUUGCUCUUAGUCACAGCUGUCUGCUCUUUCUCUUAGUGCCACAAAUAAAUGCAAAUCCAAUCCUGUAA